AUGUAUUUCAAAAAUCACACAGAAUUUUACAUCCUAUCACGUAUGGGAAUCAGGCAUUUUUUUGUAGUGCUAGAAGAGAAAUAUCAUACAGACUGCUUGACUCCAAAGGUUUCAGAAAAUGAAGGUUCUGUAUCUCUUUGGGAAUGUAUUUGGUCUGAAGGAGUUGAACAACUGGUUACGCUUAAGAGUAACAUAAAUGCCCUAUUAUACAAUGAAGUUCUGGAGAAGGAAUUCAUGCCCUUAUAUCAAAGUCUUCCUAAUGUAGAAAAGGGAGACUACAUUUAUCAAGAAUAUAAUAUGUGUUAUCAUAAGACUAACUUAGCAGAAAGAUUCAAGAAAGAACUUGGAUUGAAAAUUUUGGAGUGGCCUUCUAACAGUUCAGACUUAGAUCUUCUUGAUAACAAAAUCCGCGCAAGACGACCUCAGCCUAUCACAUUGCGACAAUUGGAAAAUGUUUUGCAAGAAAUGUGGAAAGCAAUUAGCAUAGAGACUUGUAUGACGUUUUGCCUUAAUAUGCAAAAUCGUCUAUUCAAACUUAAGAUGCAUAAAUUUAGACCAAUCUCUUGUUAA